AUGCGUGGAUUGUUACGGCAGCCAAUUUCAAGGAUCGAAACGAUACAUCUCAAUAAAAGUGUCGAGCUCUGUCGGCGCGCACCCUACUCACUAACGUCGCCACGCAAACUAAGAUGGGACUUGACGUUGAGAGUUGACGCCUCCCAUAACGACGUGAUCCGUAAACACCGCCCGGACAUCAGCGAUUUUACAACAAAGGUCGAUUACCUCUACAAGCAUCUGCGCACUAAGGCGCAGCCAAAGUUGCUCUUUGACCCCGACGCCACAAACCUUAUCGGUUUUGACUUUCCUCCCGGUGCUACGUAG